GAGGCUCGUGUAUAUCUUACCGAAUUGUUCACUUCAUCCGGCCCCAAACAGUGUGUGAUAAAGGAGCGUUUUGUCAAACACUAUCGUCAUCCUGUCCUCGAUGCUAACUUGUCCGGGCAGAGACUACGUGCAGAAGCUCGUCUUCUAUUGCAUUGUCGCAAACUGGGUAUUGAUGUACCGCCCGUACUCCUGGUAGAUAUUCCCACUCGCCGCCUUUGGCUCGGUCAUAUCGGUCCGGAUGCACAAACCCUGAGUGCGUGGUUUGCAUCGCUUGCUUCAACCUGUCCGUCCGAAGAAUCGGAUAACUCUCACGGAGACCGCCCUGAUUUAACCGCAUUUCAGAUAGCCGGUGCUCGUUUGACAAAACUGACUGUCGCCCUCGGACGUCUCUUAGCGCGGUUACAUGCCAACCAUGUAACUCAUGGUGAUUUGACCAUGGCCAACAUCUUGGUCCGUAAGGCAACUUCCGAAGAGGAACGAGGAGAAACAGAGCCGCGACUAGUUCUCAUCGAUUUUGGUCUAGCCAGUGCAAUCUCACAUUCAGCCACUCAACGUCUACCGGAGGAGAAAGCGGUCGAUUUGUACGUUUUCGAGCGUGCUCUGAUCAACGCGCUAGAUCUCAGUUUUCUGGAACGCAUCGGUCAUACAUUCCCACAAUUUGCGACCCCAGAAACUGUCAUGAAUUGUGUACUUGAAGCUUAUUGUAUACACUAUCCGGCUGAGGCCACUCCUUUGCGUCGGGAAGCGGAUGAAGGAAGCAAAAAAACCAAUGGCACCAAAAAUCCCCAAGACUCGUUUGCUGCAUUACAAGCUGAAGUGAAAUCCAAUGUAUCCAAACUCGAUGAGGUGCGCCUACGAGGUCGUAAACGUCUAAUGCUUGGUUGA